AUGGCUGACAAUUGUGGUGCAAAAUUUCAUGCAUUAGUAAUCUCACCUCAAACUGAUGCUACUGUUAAACAAAAAGUCAUUCAAUUAUUGGCCGCUUUAGCUAAUACGUUUCAAAAUGAACCUAGUCUGUACCAAUUUUACAAUCUUUAUACAAAGCUUACAGGGAAUCAAGGAUCACAAGUUCCUUCACAGACACGAUAUUAUGAUGGCCAAGAUAGAAAUUGGGAUGUUUCAUUGGAAGCAAAAAUUGCAGAAGAUAUCGAGGUUGCUAAGAACAAUGUACAAUUGCUUACACAAACAUUAUCGUUUACUGAUCCUGAAAGCGAAGAUAUUACUAAAAACGAGUUAAUUCAGGAAUUUUAUAAAAAAUGUCAAGCUUUACAUGACAAUUUGAUGAAAUAUCUAUCAGAAGUUCAAGAUGAAGAAUGGAUUGACACUUCUAUCAGUAAAUCAAGAACUUUUGAACGGUUUCAAAAUAAAAUUACAAAUAGACGUGACGAAGAGAAUUUAUUUAAUGAAGGGCUUGAAAGUGCAGCAGGAGUUGGUGGAAGGGAGACUCCAUAUGAGGAUCCAUUUGGAGAUAAUAACGGAUACAAUGAUCAUAAAAUACAAUCAGGACCAAGUUCUAAGGCUUUAGGCAAAAUGCCGGCUUCAAUAUACAAUGAUGAUUCUAUAUUCAAAGAAGAACCACAAGAUCAAAACAACAAAGAUAAAAAAUAUUCAAAUAUAUCAACGCCACCCAUACAACCUUAUAAAGUAUAA